AUGACAAUGUUGUGCAGGAGGAUGUUUGUGAAUAGACAGAAGUUGAUCAGUUUCCUAGAUACUAAAGAGAAUCUAGACCUCACAUCAUUCAUCAAUCAAGAUGUCAGCAGUGGUCAACAAUCAUUCUCAGUCGAUAGGUUCAAAGAGACAUUGAACAUUAGCAAUUUAAAGGAAGUAUCCUUCAGCUACUCUGGACCGAAUCAUCCAUUUGAUCAAUCACAUCCACAGUCGAGUGAUAUAUAUGAUGUAUUGAAUGAUUUGUAUGAGAGGAAUGUAAAGACGUCAAUAAGGAGUGUAUCAAGCAAUCAAUUGGUAGUGUUUCAGAAUGCAAAGUUGACAAGAUUGACAUUUGAUUCGGAUGGUUCCAGACUCAAUCUUCAGCGACACCACCUACCCAACACACUCAAGUAUCUCGUGUUGCCAUUAAGCUUCCGUGACACACUGGACGACCUGUUGCCAGAUGGCUUGAAUAUAUUGAACCUCUUACCAGCAUAUAAAUGGAACCAACCCAUCAAGCCUGGCUCACUACCAAACCAACUGCGCUCCAUCAGCCUGCCGGGCUUCAAUCAGGUGAUUCAGUCCGGCACAUUCCCCUCGUCACUCAGGUCCAUAAUGUUUGGAUCAAACUUCAAUCAGCCACUCAAUGGAGUGUUACCGCCAUCUCUCACGUCACUAGAUCUCUCAAUUGGCCCUAGAGUCUAUGCCCACGACCUCACCAACCUCCCUUCCAGUCUCACCACAAUCAGAUUGCCACCCAACUUCCGUCAUUCACUCAAACAUCCUCCCCUUCAACAACUACACGUUAACUCUCACGUGCCCACCGGUCAUCCAUUCCCCAAACUAACCGUGCUAUAUAUCAAAUAUCUUGAGAAGGUCAGUGACCUCGAUCACUCAUUCUCAUCAUCAUCAACACCACCACUCAUACCAAACCUCGUCCGAUUAACAAUCAAUCAUGGAGGUGAGCCAAUUGACAUCUCGACAUCGCUACCAUGGUCCACUCUCAAAUAUUGCCGGGUAUACUGUGCGGGCAAGGCUAAUGCACCAUCAACGAUAAUCACUGGACCAAUACCAUUUGGUGUGGAGGAGCUCAUCCUUGGAAGAUGUGAACUGUCUCAGCUGGCCAGUCCCGGGUCACUCCUCCCAUCAUCAAUCACCCGACUCUCAAUUGAUCACUCAAUCUUCAAGUUGAGACCAGGCGACCUACCAUCAUCAGUGACAUCAUUGGAUCUAAAAAUAAUGGAUUUAAAAAGAUCAUUGGAUGAUAUCGUCAACAAUAUUAAUAUGUUGUUUCCAGUCAAUGUUAGAGAGAUUGCGUUAAACUUUGCCUCACAACAACAAGACCAUGGUCUCAACUGA